AAAAAAACUGAUUCAUCUUCUUCACUACUCCAACUAGACUCCCCCCAGUCACUGCCUUGCGUCACUCGCCACUUCUCUCUCGCUCCGUCCUCCUUCAACUCCUCCUCCGGAUCAAACAUUCCACCUCAGCUCAACCUCUCCGUAAAACCCUUCUCCGAGGGUAUUACAACAACUAAAAUGGAGGAUCACAUCGAAAAGGCGAAACCUUGGAGCAGAAAGAGGUCGAGAAAACCCAAAAGUCUGGUCUUUGAAGGAUGGGGUUCGAAGAAUCUGAUGAACUUUCUCGAGUCGCUUGGUAGAGACACCACAAACAAGAUCUCCGAGUACGAUGCUACAGACAUUGUGAGGAAGUACAUUCGCGAGCUAACGCAUCCUCUGAAGACGGCAACGAAGAAGAGGAAGAAGACAAAGGUAGUAGCUUGCGAUGAGAAGCUGAGUUUGCUUUUUGGGUGUCAGAAGGUUAACACAGCCAAGCUCUCUGAUCUGGUAGCUAAGCAUUACGUUGAGAAUCAGGAGGAUGGAGACUUUAAUUAUCUUUUGUACAGCUCCGAGGAGGAGGAGGAUAAGAAGCAGAGAUUGGCUUUGUUAUCAGAUAAGGUUGUGGAGAAGCCUAGAGGGAGCAUUGCUGCUAUAGUUAGGGAUAACGUUAAGCUUUUGUAUUUGAGGAAGAGUUUAGUUGAGGAGCUAGCUAAGACGUGUGAAACGUUUGAGGGUAAAGUGUUGGGAACUUUCGUGAAGAUCAAGAAUCCUUGUCAUCAGCUUGUUCAAGUGACUGGUGUGAAGGAGUGGAAUCCAAUUGAUGGUCACUUUCUGCAGGUUACAAACUAUUGUGACUAUCUUAAAGAUGUUGCUUCCUCUUCCCUGUCAGAUGAGGACUUCACUCAGGAGGAAUGUGAAGAGUUGAAUCAGAGAAUGAAGAAUGGGUCUGUGAAGAGACUUACAAUUGUGGAUAUGGAAGAAAAAGUUAGAAGUUUGCAUGAAGAUGUGACAAAACAUUGGAUUGCAAGAGAACUUGUGUUGUUAAAAAGGAAAAUCAAUCAAGCCAGUGAAAAGGGAUGGAAGAGAGAACUAUCUCAGUAUCUGGACAGAAGGGAACUUCUAAGCAAUCCGGAAGAAAAGUCAAGGCUAUUGCUUGAAGUUCCUGAAGUUAUUGCAGAAGAGCUUGAACCUGAACGUGUAGAUGAUGAUGAUGUGAAGGAGGAUGCGGAAGAGAGAGAACUUGUUGUUGUUGCACCAGAUUCACCGGAAGUUGUUGCAGAGGAGCUUGAACCUGAACCUGAGCUUGCAGAGGAGCUUGAACCGGAUGUCAAGGUCGAAGAUGACCUCAUGGAAGCAAACACUGAGGUAUCCAUUGAAACUCCCAAGCUCCGUGAUGAAGAAGACCAACCACCACGGGCUGCUUCUGCACGUGACAAAGAUCUACUUGAAGAUGUGGAGGAGAAACCACUGCUAGAAGACAGCAUCAUCACACAGAAGGAGGACUCUAUCAGUGUUCAACCUCAAGCUCAAGCUCAACCAAACCCACCAGAGAUUAUUGAACUGAGCGAUGAUGAUGAAGAGGAGGACAAUAACAAUGCAGCCUACCUAAAGAAGUGUGAUCCAAAGAAGAAGAUGUGGUGCUAUGAGUUACCUAAAGGACAAACAAAUGGACCAUACUCCCUCGCGGAUUUCAAAAGGUGGAGCGAGCAAGAGUACUUCGUUGACGUUCCAGAUUUCAAAGUCUUUAAGAUAGGAAACAGCAUCGAAUCUGGAGUCCUCCUCACCAAGCUUCUACCUCACAUCAAAGCCUAAUCCAACAAAAAAACUCAGUUUGAAACAGCGUGCAUCUUUAAGUUGCUGUUGACAUUUUUUUGUUUGUUUGUUUAUUUCUCUGUAAGUUGCAGUAACUGAGAUUUAUUGAAAACUUAUGUGUUACAUGUGUCUUGUUAAUAAAGAAAACUUUCUGGUGUUGAUAUUAAUA